AUGCGCUCUGUCAUCACUAGGAUCCCAAGUUCAAGCCCUAUCAUCACUAGGAUCACAAGUUCAAGCCAUGUCAUCACUAGGAUCACAAGUUCAAGCUCUGUCAUCACUAGGAUCUCAAGUUCAAGCCCUGUCAUCACUAGGAUCACAAGUUCAAGCUCUGUCAUCACUAGGAUCACAAGUUCAAGCUCUGUCAUCACUAGGAUCUCAAGUUCAAGCCCUGUCAUCACUAGGAUCUCAAGUUCAAGCCCUGUCAUCACUAGGAUCCCAAGUUCAAGCUCUGUCAUCACUAGGAUCUCGAGUUCAAGCCAUGUCAUCACUAGGAUCUCAAGUUCAAGCCCUGUCAUCACUAGGAUCUCAAGUUCAAGCCCUGUCAUCACUAGGAUCCCAUAUUCAAGCCCUGUCAUCACUAGGAUCUCAAGUUCAAGUCCUGUCAUCACUAGGAUCCCAUAUUCAAGCCCUGUCAUCACUAGGAUCCCAAGUUCAAGCCCUGUCAUCACUAGGACCCCAAGUUCAAGCUCUGUCACCAAUGAUCCCUUUCUUUCCUGGCGAACAUUUUGA